AACAAAUUAACUGUAUUACCGGUGAAAACAAUCAAAAUAAUAUGAUUAAUAUAUUUUAUGAAAUGCUACUUAACAUUGAGAAUGUAUGGGUGUGCUUUAAGCAUUCCACAAAAUUUUUAAAUUGAGUGAGCUCUUUGUCAUUUAUUGUGAAUUGUUCAACAUAAAAUGAAGAAAUCAGAAAUGAAACGGAACGGAACUACCGCUGAUUCGAAUAAUUUUGAAAGUGUUAUCUAAAAAUAUAAUAUUUUCGGCUUCAGCAAGAUAACCUUCAUAGAAGAAUAUCUAUUUGGACAAAUAUAUAAAUUAAGAGUUUUGUUUGCGGAUAAUGUUCAAAAUGGAAAGAGCACUGAAAGGAGUUUGCUGUCCUGUUGAUUUACCCACUCGCUUAAAACUACCUGCGAUGGGAAAAUGAGAGAAAUACAAAUAAACUGCAGCAUGUAGACACUAUCCGCCAUUUUAUCAGUCAAGAUAAUGUUCAUUCAAUUCAUGUGCCUCACAAAUGGUCUGCAAAGUUGCGACCUUAGAAUAGUCUUGCGUUUGGUACGCUUGGAUUAAGAUACAUUUGAAUUUUGAAAGUGAUAGUGCAGAUAUGGCCAAAGCAAAAACAACAAUUAUGGAUCUCAACGAUGAUUGCUUAAAUGCAAUCUUCGAACGACUAAAUGGAAUGGGUGUAAAACGUAAUUUUUCGAACACUUGUCAUAGAUUUGCUACAAUUUUUUGUAAUCACUAUAUACACCGAAUACUUGUCGAAGGUGGCGAUGUACACCAUUUCGACAGUCGUUUAGUGACGAAAUUCAGCCAUUUGCUGGGCACUAAACUAUUCCCAUUGAGGGAUAUUAAAAGCCUAAAGUUUGACGAUACAUAUUCACAAUAUUUUACGGAAAAAUUCUUCCGUGCACUCAAAAGAGAUCACCCAAAUAUUGAAUCCGUGGAACUGACCGGCUUUCGUGACAAAGACAUGCACGUCAUGUUGCCUUUUCCCAACUUAAAGCUGCUACAUUUCUACUGCAGUCUUAUAACUGGCGACUACCUCGAUCAGCUACGCAAUCUGGAGGUACUGAUUCUCGAUACUAUAUUGAAUUUCGAGUGCAGACAUUUGAUUAGCAUCGUUCAGCAGAAUAAAAACCUACAGAAACUGGUGUUACGUGGCUGUCCAGUAAUUUUCACUCCAGAGUAUGCAAUAGAAAUGUCUCAGAAUUUAAAUAAUUUACUAGAAUUAGAAGCCAAUUGGUACGAACUACACCAUUGCCAGUUGGUGGGCAACUUGCCGUGCCUAAAAAUAUUGGUGAUCAAUGAUUUCAAGUCAUUUCAGUGUCGUAGGUGUAGAAGAAUCGAACGUGGUGAUGCCACUUUACCCAUCAGUGGAUUCUACUACGGUAUAUGUGAGUGUGGCUUGUAUGAUGCACGCGUGUUGUUCAAGGGUUUGCGUAAAAAAAAUAUCUUGGAACAAUUAAUCUUUCUCGGUUCACGCAUAACAACCAGAGAUCUCACAUUCAUAUCAAAGCUAACCAGUUUGAAGACACUUUACAUGGGCGUUGAUAACGUGCCGCUCUACAUUUCGAUAGCGAUGUUUAACAAUCUAAAAGAUUUGGAAGACAUAGAUAUAGGUUAUUCGUGGAAAUUGCCAAUGGAAGCUUUGAGCUUUCUGGAAAAAUGUCAAAAAUUGAAAUAUGUAAAUUUUGGCAAUUCUGAAGGCUUCGACGAAUCAUUUAUACUCGAAGCAAUCGAUGUGAUUAAGCGUAGAGCAGUGCCACCUGCCGAACCGUUAAGGAUGCAAUUCUUAAAUGCAGACUUUGAUCGGACAUUCCUUGAGGACGAGCGCGUGAAAGCAGCCGGUUCCCUAAUUCAAAUUGACUCAUUCCAGACAAAUGAGAUGAUUAGCCGUCUCUACAAUUAUAUUUACUAUUUUUAAGCGCUUGAAUACUGACAGCUAGUUUUAGGUUAGGAAAUGCUUGAUUCACAGUUCCAACAAUAAAACAGCAUAUACAAAUGUAAUCAAAGCGAAAUUGCAAUACAAUGACAAUAUAAUCAAUACGCGCAUUAUUCUCCAUUUUCUAUAUUAAACUAUUUACCUUAUUUACAUUUAUUCUUUUAAACAAUUUUUACAAUUCAAAUAAAUAUUAUUUUACAGUAAUUUAGCUUAUUUACCUUAUUUACAUUUAUUCUUAAA